UCGCAAUCUCUACAGCUGUUAUGAGUCAACAUAGUGAAACGUCAAUUUUACAUUUCUAACAAGUGUUAUUAUUGUUAACAAAGCAUUUAAUAAAAUAUAGUUUUUUAAAAAAAUAUCAUUAGCUGUGUAUCCAUAAAUUUGUCCAAACGAAAAAAAAAAAGAAAAAUGGAAAAAGAAAGAUUCACAAUGUUAUUAUUAGAACCAGGUGAAAUAUUUUUUGAGGAUUACAGUGUUAGAAUGAUGCUAGAUAAUUCAUGUGAAAAUGAAACAAAAACUUGGAUGGAUGGACGAUUAAAACUUUGUUCAAAAUCACUAGUAUUUGUUAAUAAAGAAUUAAAUGAACCAUUGAUAAAACUACAAUUUAAAGAAAUAAUAUCAGUUGAAUUAGUUGAAGAACAAACAAAUGAAUUAUCAAUAAUUGUUAAACAGUAUGCUGAAAUGUUAAAAGGAAAUCGUCUUGAACCCUACAAAUUUAUUCAUAAAAAAUCGAAAUUUAAUAUAUCAUUUAAUUACGCAAAUACUGAUGAUUGUUUACCACAUAUAAUGCAAUUACAUAGAGCAGCAACACUACCAACAGCUGAACAAAAUGGUAUGAUUAUGACAAUAGUACAUUCACGACAAUCACGUUUUAAUUUUGAUAAAUCAUGGCUUGAAGAUUUAUCAGAAAUUGUACAAAUUAUAUUUGAAGUACAAGCAAAUAAAGUACAACCAUUAAUUGUUAAUCCAGGAAGAGUAUUAUUAACAAAUUGUCGUAUUUAUUUUCAACCAUAUAAUAAUUUAGAUCAAUAUCCUGUAUUAAAAAUUAAUUUAAAAAAUGUUAAAAGUAUAUUAAAAAGAAGAUUUUUAUUACGUCAAGUUGGAUUAGAAAUUAAAUGGUUAAAAUUACCAGAUAAUAAAGAAGAAUGUUUAUUUUUAUCAGUUAAAAAUCAAGAUGAUCGUGAUAAACUUUAUAAUAAAAUUAUUGAACAACCAUUAUUAAAACUUGAUAUUGUACCACAAAAUCAAAUGACAAUACAAUGGCAAAAUGGUGGAUUAUCAAAUUAUGAUUAUUUAUUGUAUAUUAAUAGUCUUGCUGAUAGAACAUUUCAUGAUUUAACACAGUAUCCAGUAAUGCCAUGGAUUAUUCAAGAUUAUACAUCAACAAAAUUAGAUUUAAAUGAUCCAAAAAUAUUUAGAGAUCUUUCAAAACCAAUUGGAGCAUUGGAACCAAAUCGAUUGGAACGUCUCAAGGAACGAUAUCAAGAAAUGUCUGGUAACAAGUUUCUUUAUGGAUCACACUACAGUGCACCUGGUUUUGUAUUAUUUUAUCUCGUACGAAAGUAUCCACAAUACAUGCUGUGUCUUCAAAAUGGUAGAUUUGAUCAUCCCGACAGAAUGUUCAACAAUGUUGCUGACGUUUGGAAAAAUGUAUUGGCAAAUAUGUCGGAUUUUAAAGAACUCGUACCAGAGUUUUAUGAUCCAAACAACAAAGGAGAUUUUUUAAUCAAUAGCUAUGGUAUUGAUUUUGGAUAUCGACAUGAUGGUGUUAAAGUUGGAGAUGUUCAUUUACCACCCUGGGCAGAUAGUCCACGUGACUUUGUACAAAAGCUAAGAGAUGCCUUGGAAAGUGAUUGGGUAUCAGAAAAUUUACAUCAAUGGAUUGAUUUAAUUUUCGGUUAUAAACAAAGAGGAAUUGAAGCUGAAAAAUCUGACAAUGUUUUUUUUCAUCUUUGUUAUGAGGGAGCUGUUGAUUUAGAUACAAUCAAAGACAUCAAUGAUCGUCAUGGCCUGGAAGUACAAAUAAUGGAAUUUGGACAAAUUCCUAAACAAAUAUUUACACUACCUCAUCCAAAACGUCUUAUAAAUUCUUCAAGUUCACUAUGUGAAUCUGCUCUCAGAACAACAUUACUUUUAAAAUCACGGUUCGAAAAUCCAUGUAGCAAGUUGUCAUUGAGUCAAUCAAUUGUACUUUCAUCUCACAAAGAAAUUGUAUCCACAAUUAUUGAGAUGAAUGGAAAAGGGAAUGACGUUGCAUCAGUUGGACAUGAUGGAAAUUUAAAAAUAUAUUCGUUAAAAGAUAAAAAAUUAAAAAGAAGUGUGUCCUUAUCAAACUUACCAUUAUCUUCAUGUGUUUUUUAUACAACUCGAAAUGAACAAAAUAUUAUUGUAGCUGGAUCCUGGGACAAUACACUAAUUUUUUAUGAUUUGGAAUUUGGUAAAGUUAUUGAUAUUCUUCUGGCCCAUGAUGAUGCAGUGUCAAGUUUAACAUUAAUUCCAUCAAGAAAUAUUCUCAUAUCAGGAUCGUGGGAUUGUACAGCAAAAGUUUGGCGCGCUUAUGAAUCUGGAGGAAAAACAAGAAUUCAAGAUCGUCUUAUUGCACAAUUAGAUCAUGAUUCAAAAGUUACUUGCCUUUUAACAUCAAACGAUGAAAAACUUCUUGUUUCUGGAACAGAAGAUGGAGAAAUAUUUGUGUGGAACACAGACUCAUAUGAUAUCCAGUGUAGCAUAAAAGGACAUGGAACAAAAAUAAAUUCAAUGACAUUUGAUACAGAUUGUAAAAAUAUUAUUUCCUGUUCAAAUGAUAGACUGAUAAAUGUAUUUGAUGUACUAACAAGCACAAAAAUAUAUAGUACAUCUUUAGAUAAUGAACCAACUUCUUUAUGUUGGAUCGGAACAUUCCUUCUUAUUGGCGAUGAUCAUGGUAAUUUAAUUUUAUGGGACUCACAAGAAGCUGUAUUUAUAUCAAACAUACACUGCCAUGAAGGUCCACUCACAUCAAUAAGAAAAACUAAUGACAAUAAAAAAAUCAUGACUGGUAGUGUAGACAAAAAAAUAAUUGUUUGGAACUGUGAUUAAUUUAUUAUUAUU